AUGACCACCACACGCGAUUUCAGAGCCUUGCUCGGCUCAUCACCAUCGUCGACUAUAUUAUCUACAUUUAUCACAGAACUCGCAUCGCUUUCGUCGACUUCUGCCGUCGUUCCGGAUGUCAAGUCUUAUCGCGAUGCCGUCUACUUCAACUACUAUACCCUUGGCUUGAGUCUUCUCUUUGCUCCGAUCAAUGGUUACAAGCCCAAGAGUGGACUGAAAAGAGGGGAUCUUAGAGACGCUGAUUUGGCUUUGGAUGGCCUGGACAUCUUCAACGUUCCUUCCACCGGAACAGACAAGGCAGCAAAAUCCUCUACGACAUCUGAAUACUCUACGUACCCCGUAUCGCCCAUCACAAUAUCCAUCUCUCCGAAGACACAGGAUAAAGAGUGCGCUACAUCCGUCACUUUUUUGCCUUCAACCAAUGGCAAAGAUAUCGUCGAAGCUCUGGGUGAGCCAGAGAGGAAGGGUGGAGGAUCGGGCCCAGCUUCAGGUGGAAUGGGGAUUUGGAUGGACUGGCCUAAGCAGGGGAUAAUGGUGGAGCUCGGUGGAGAAGAGAGUCGGGGACCAAAAGCUUGGGAGACCGGAAAGGAUGCUGUUUGGAAAGUGUUGUCCGUUUCUGUGCCCAAAUGACCCGUACACUUCGCCACUUCGUUCUCACUUCGCUCUACACGAUAGGCUUAUUGGUUUUGUCUCAAUAUUUGCGCGGGUGGGAUGAUGGGUGUUGAUCCCUAUAAGUGACCCAUGCCUUUACUUUAUCGGUGGUCCACUCUGGUUCACCCCUGCGUGUUCUUCCGCGUUUACGUAUUUACUAUGUCGGCAUACAUGGGACACUUC